UUGGAUGGUGCGUGGUCCUUUGCAAGCCCUCACUUCAUAGUCGGUGCCGGAAAGUAUCAGUCGAACUUUUUGCCCAUCAAUCUGAUGAGCACCGAGUUUAUGAUAACCAGAACGCCGCUACCGAAGGCACUGCUGUAUGUGAAAUUCCACGAUCAGAACGGAACGGUGGAGGAAAUUAAGGCGAGCGCCGAACGAAACCGGGAAAUGUUUACGAUCGAGCUGAGCGUACCGAUGGAGAGCUACCGGAACCUGUCCAUUCACGGCCGGCUCCAGCAUCGGCGGGGCAGCGAAUACACCGUGUCCGGUCAGCUGUACCGUAACGAGCACGUGUUUCAGCUGGAGGGCGAUGCGACGAUCAUUGAAGACGUUCCGUACCGGGCCGACUUGGCUUUCCAGCCGCUCGGGCCGGAAGGUUCGGACGGUACGCUGAGCUAUCGCUGUUCGCGGCAGUUACCCGUCACUGAGUUUGCCUUGCGCCUUGAGAGUGGCGAAAAACGUGCGAAACUUGACGGUAGCUUCAAGCUUUUGGCAAUGUCCGAUUGGUACGUGAAAGUAGGCUUGGAGUCGUCGGAACCCAGCCUCAAACAGAUUGACUUCACGGUCGGUAUUACACCGGAGGCUGAUAAGGCGCUCGGGAAGUUCAACUUGCGCUCACCGUGGGCUCGGUACGGGAUCGAGCAGGCGGACGUGGAAAUGGUGUUCGACGUGCAGCCUAUUUCUGGGUCGGUAGUGGCACGGUAUGGCAUCCGGGAUGUGUCCGGCAAUGCGAGCUGCCUGUGGAACUGGGCCCUGAAGUCGAAUAUGCAGUUUGCGCUGGAAAAUCGGGUACUGCGUAACGCCGUCGAACGAUACUUCCGCACCGGCGUCCGAUAUUUGAGUCCGGACGUGGAGAACAAUCACAACUUCACUGUCGGGGGAGACUUAAAUCUCAAUAAUGCCUGGGUAUUCAGCUCCAAUGCAUCAGUGGACUUCAUUUCGAUCCGUGAUCUAUCGGGUGUCCUGAAGGUGCUUCUUCCGCGGCCUGUGGGCGACGUUCACACGCUGGCGUUUGGAAUGAACGGUAAUCUACCGUUCAUGGAGCCGGUCAAGUCGUUUAACUUGGAAACUUCUUACGAAACGGAUGAAAGUCGGAAGCGGUACGCGUACCACUCGGAGUACAGCUACAUCGGUGACUUGCGUACCCUGCUACGGUUUGAAUGGGGGCCAGACAUACGCAAGCAGAGGGUACAAUCUAUCGUGAACGUGUUCCGGAUUGGAGAGCGACGUGAAUUGACUGCUCGGUUGAGGGGACCAUGGUAUGUGGAUGAUACAUUUAUGGCCUACGGAUCGUACGAUUUCGUAGAAGCCCUCCAUCUCAUCAGCGGUAACAUUUCGAUACCGUCAUCGACGAAGGUUGCUAGUGCGAAUGUGGCAUUCAACAAUCUCUCCAACAUGAAGGGCGAUGUGAACUGUACGACGCCGUUCCUAAACGUGACGUGGCUCCACGGGCAGCUGGAGUUUAUUGAGACGCCACUCGAAUCCAUACGCUACCUGAAAGGUACAUGGCCUGAAUCAAGCGCGGUGUUCGAUGCGAAAGCAACCUACCGCAACCACAAUUUGGACCGCGACCAGCAGGGCACCAUCAAGAUAGAGCUGCCGCUGCAAACGCGCCACUAUGCCGAAGUCAAAUACGGUUUGGCGCAGCGUCCCGCGAUAACUACGGGGCACGCUGAGGUGGAUUACAAUAGCCAGAAGGUGCUUAGUGGACAGUACACAUCGAAAGAGGAGUCGAGAGCCGGCUUUGAUAAGGAAACAAUUGACGUCACCUUGGAGAACAGCUUCAUGCCCGUCGGAGUACACUACGUGCAUUCGCACAGUUUACUAGAUGCCGCUACUCGAGCGCUGGAUAUAAAGCGAGCUGAAGUUUUUCAACUCCGAAAUCAAAAGAACUUCAAUAUUACCGGUGAACUGCACGUCCUGAGCAAGGAGACGGGGCGCGAGUACCUGGUGAAGGCCAUUCAUCCUAACCGUACCGUUGUGCUGACGGCGGACUUUGAGCAGCAAGGCAACGUUGACCGAAAGAAGUCUCGGCUCGAGCUCUCGCCCACGGUUUGGAUUGCGUACGAUUUUCAGCUGACCAAUCGUUCGCGCUCCGAUCUCGAGUCACAAAACUUUACGCUACAGAUUUCCUAUCCGAAGCGUAACAUUUCCGCCGACGGUUGGUACGCAUACACCGAGAGUUCGUUCGAUUCGGCCGUUACACUAGCGUACAGUCCGAACCGCACCCAGGGUGACGGGGACGCUAGUGAAACACCAAAGCGUACGGUGCGGGGUUCGGUCGUGUGGCGUGACCUAGCGAACGCUACCACCGGUGGUCAGAAGGUUCGUGUUGCGCUUGGUCAUCCCAGCUUCGAGAAAGAUGUUACACUGGAUGCACGAUACUUUACGAACCCGGAACAUUGGUUCAGCUCGAACAUGGAGCUACGCUACAACGAGGAUGACGAGCAUCUGAUGGCGAUGGGAUUCAAUCUGAACGACCUCCGACCGAUCGUGGGCUACUGGAACUACUCGUAUCAGUUGUUUAGCGUUCAUGAUGCGUCCGAUUUGUCGCUGGAUUCGAUCGGAUCCAUCGGCAUACGGCAGGGAUUGUACGGUGUUAGGUCCAACUCGCACUACAAGCGUGCGUAUCUGUCGCAAACGCAUGGUCACGUGUUGGGAGCACUCAAUAUCCCACAAAAAGAACUUCACUAUGAGCGCAUCACUUCGCAAAGCAAGUACCGUAUCUGGACGAAGGCCGCCGGAAGCUAUCCGGUGUAUCUGAUCAACGCCACGCUACUCGAUGGGCCGGAGCUCGAUGCUACCGGGUUCUUCUAUCUGAACAUUGACGACAAAUUGGUUCAGAUGAAGAUCAACAUGACACCGGAUGGUACGGAGAAUGUGCACAUGUACGGCAUAAUCCCCGAUUCGCGGAGUGCGUUCUUCGACUUUUGGCGUGACUACGAUCGGUCGCGCGAGGUGGACGUUACGUACUAUCUUAAGAUGAACCACUCUCGGCUGAUUACCGGGCACAUGCUGUGGCGCCCGCAGAUAAAAUCCGACCUGCAAGAGUGGAUGCGAGACUACUUUAGCCGAGUUCACCACUCGUUCCUGGAGUUUACCGAGUUCUGGAUCAAGCACGUGUACCUCGAAACGAAAGACUCGACAAUGGGCGUAUACGAAGCGGCCCUUCCAUACGUGGAAGGGUUGCUCAACGAUGUGGCCGGGCUUAGUGUGCUGCAGAACGACUUAGAAGAUCUGCACCACUUCCUGAACGCGUCCUACGUGGCCGACGAUUUUUACAUUCGCUCCGCCAUCAACUUCACCGUCACCGUGCUGGACGAGUUGGCGAUACGGAACAAGAUAACGUCGUUGCCGAAGAUUUUAACCGAACUGUGGCUGGUGAUGGGUGAAUCCGGACAGGCGUUGGGCAAAUCGCUUACGUGGCUGUUGGAACGUAUGAAGCAAUCGUACCAAAAGUUCGUCGAUAUCGUUGGCCGCAUCUUUCAGGGCGAUGCAAUGCGCUACCUUUCGUCUACGCUCGAAGACUCGCUCGAGCGGUACGAUAAGUUUGUGAAGGAAGUGCAUCUGCAGUUCAUAAAGAACAUCCAAGAGUUGUGGGAAAAGGCCAUGUCGAUGGCAUCCACCUUUUGGCAUCGGAUGCUGCAAAACAUUGAGCCCACGAUCAUUCGCCUGGCCCAUUACGGAGAAUCGCUCGGUUGGUUCGUGGGGAACGAAAUCUUCACGUUCUUGUACAACAAAACCCAGGAAAUUGCCGAUUCACCGUACUUUAACACAGUAACGAACUUCACACAGGAUCUCGACAUGCUGUACAAGGAUCUGGUGACGAACGAUGUGUUUACGAAUGUGAAAAAGUACUCCUCGGUGACGUACCGGUUUUUGCGCGAGAAGUACUUCCAGGUGGUACCGUUUGGCCGUGAGUUCCACCAGGUGGUGAUGGAGCUGGCGGAGGAGAUCAAGCAGUUGCAGAAGAUCGAGUUCGUGCAGUUCUUCAUCCAGCGCUACGAGGAGGUACGGGCCAAGGUCGACUGGCUGGCGGAGGAGUUUCAGGUCGAGCGGCGGUUGCACCAGAUGUGGAUGAUACUGCGCAACAAACUGUCACACAUUGCCCAGACGGCACUGCAGGCGGAAAACCAUUAUCGCGAGGCAAAAACCAAGUUCAUCUUCGACCCGGACCACGGCAUCAUGGAGCUGGAACAGAAGCUGCCGAUGUCGUGGCACGCGUUCAACGAAACGGCCAAGUUCGAGGAAAUACCCGAGUUUCAGCUCAUCGGAGACAUUCAGGAUCUGUUUGCCGGUAGCAAUACGACGCUCUGGACACUGUACAACGACAUUUGUCCGUUUGCCGAUCCGCAGAUGUGGUUGCCGCCGUUCAAGAGCGUAGGCCUGCUGAUUGGCUCCCGACACUUUAUGUCCUUCGACAAGCGUUUCGUGUCGAUGGACCUACGCGAAAUGCAGCAAGGUGGCAUUUUGAACGAGUGUCGGUACGUUUUGGCGCAUGAUUACCAUAAUCGCACGCUCACGGUGCUGUUGGAGCCAUCGAUUCUCAAAGACGGACAAAGCUCGCGCAAGGUCACCCUUAUCACCGAUGAUCAUACGCUGGAGAUCGACAUCUACGAUGUGUCAGUAAAGAUCAAUCGGAAAGAAGCCACUGCCCUGCCGGCCAUGAUUGGAACGGAAACGGUGGUUUAUCGCGAAUCGGACUUACUGUACGUACAGUCGCACCGUGGCUUCCUUCUGGCGUGCAGCUUACGCUACCAUCUUUGCUGGCUAGAGCUGAGCGGUUGGUACUUCGGCAAGAUGGCGGGUCUGCUGGGUACGAUGAACAACGAAGCGUUUGACGAUCGCACGACGCCCUUCAACCGGUACAGUCGGACGGACGAAGAGUUCCUUAAUAGCUGGUCGUUGCCGGGUUGCCGUUCGUCGGUCGGUGCGACGAACCAUACGAGAAACUUUUACAGCGCUUCGAACGAGCUGACGCAGCUGUGUGAUUCCUUUUUCCGCCACAAGCUGUCGUACUUUGCAUCAUGCUUCCCGGUGGUGGACGUGACACCGUUCCACGAGAUGUGUCUCGAUUUGGGCCACAAUCUGUUGACCAAGAAUGAGAAGAAAACGGCAGAUCGGGGCGCUUGUACGGCGGCGCUUGCCUACAUUCAAGCGUGUGCCAUCGAGGAUACGCUUCUGCGGGUACCGGACAGCUGCAUCAGCUGUCAGCUCGUAAAUGGUUCACACGUUCCGGAGGGUACCUUCGUGAACCUGCGUGACGAGGAUGUGCCGGCCGCGGCGGAUGUCGUGUUCAUUGUCGAGGCGAAACCCUGCAACGAGCGGUUCGUACAGACGAAGAGCAUCAAUAUGUUGGUGGAAAGCAUCGACCGGGAGCUGCAGGAACUGAACAUUCCCGAUACUCGGUACGCCGUGGUCGCUUUCGGUGGCAGUGCACCGUUCGACCGAGCACACAGCGUCGUCGUGGAGAACGCCGUGUUCGAGAAACACAACCGAUUGCAGCCGUUCUUCGAGCACAUUUCGGUCGGCAACGGUACAAACGAGGAUAUCUUCGAUGCCAUCAUUCUCGCGUCGAAGCUCGUCUACCGGCCAGGAGCUUCGAAAACGUUCAUCCUGUUACCAUGCUCGCGCUGUACGACGUCCCGGAUGAAGUUGGACUUUUCGUCCGUCGCACAGCUGUUGAUCGAGAACGACAUUAAGCUGCACAUUCUGGCCGAUCACGAACUAUCGUUCAACAAGACGCGCGUCUCGCGCCUCUUCUACGGUAUGGACAGUCGCGUGGCGUACACCAAGAAGGACGUGAAGGCACUGGUUGGUGACGAAGAGCUACGCAAGCAAAUACGCCUUCCGAAGGCGACGCUCGGGGAGUGCAUUGCGCUCGCGAUGGAAACGAACGGCUCCGUGUUUGGUGGCCACAAGCUGCGCCAGGAUCGGGCCAACACCAACAACACGAAAAAGUUCAUCAAGGUAUUUGCGAAGCGGAUCGCCGCCACGGCCAUCCCGGACAGCUGCCAGACGUGUGAGUGUACCGGCCACAACACGGGCGUUGCGUACAUGCAGUGUCUGCUGUGCAACUAUCCCUCGCCGUACACGCUCGACGACGACGACAUGACGGACGAGAAGUUCCUGUCGGUUAUGCAGCCGGAAAACGAUUGGACGUGGGACGAUGCCGAUGAGCUGCUCAAUCAAUAGGGGGUUACUACAAGAAGCGCUGCUUUGCGGUUAUUGCAUUUCCACCGGUUACAGUGCAAAUGUAAUAAGUUAAUGUAAUAAGUUUAACUGUUGUAAGACGUGAGCUGUUUAAGCAAUCGCUCCUGAGACUGGUCGGUUCAGGUGUU